GCGUCGGAGAAGCAGGAAAGCAUAUCCCAAGAAGGGCUUGGACUCAGAAGAAUCGAGCCCUGCUGGGGAUUUUUUUUUCCCUUUUUUCUUUUUGGUCUUGGUUGUGCGGAGGGAGGAAGAGAAGGUUGUGCGGCCCGGGCGAACUUGAGACAGCGCGAAGGCCCCUUCAGGCGGUGCCGAGGGCACCCCCGCAGCCCGGGCCUGGUGCAGCCGCCGCGGCCGCUGUCAGGGAAGCGCAGGCGGCCAAUGGAACCCGGGAGCGGCCGCUGCUGCUGAGGCGGCGGUGUCGGCAACCCGACCCCGACCGCCCGCACCCCCUCCGCGGAGGUCCCCCGGAGUCGAGGAAACUGAAACCCAGAAGAUAGAUGGCUUGCAUAAAUCCACACAUCUCAUAAUGGCAGAGCCAGGAUUUUGAACGCCAGCCUAUCUGACUCCAAGUCCAGUAGUCUUCCCACCACCCUGUAGCUGCCUCAGUUCAGCAGCUGGAUGAUGGCUGUUUCAGAGCUGUGUAUUUCUAAGGGAAGCCUGGCCUGGUGUUUGCUGGCCCUUAUUCCUUGGGAGUUUUGAAUCUAAAAGGGAAGGCGUCCAGGAAGACAAAAAGAGAGGAGGUGCCUGGGAAGGUUUCAUGGCGAAGGGAAGACCUGCGGAUGGCACCACUAACCAGUGUGUGUGUGUCUCCCUUCUUCUGUUCCUUUCUCCCUCCUUCCUCCUGUAGCUUGGAAGCUCGAAAGCCUGGCUGUGGCCAUGGGAGACACGGUGGUGGCACCUGCCCCCCUGAAGCCAACUCCUGAGUCCACUCCUGGCCCACCGGGGAAUAAUGGGGGCUCCUUACUAAGCGUCAUCACGGAGGGGGUCGGGGAACUGUCAGUGAUUGACCCUGAGGUGGCCCAGAAGGCCUGCCAGGAGGUGCUGCAGAAGGUCAAGCUUUCGCAUGGAGGCGUGACCGUCUCUGACAGAGGCGCCCCCCUGGAGUUGGUCAACGGGGAUGGUGUGGACGGUGAGAUCCGCUGCCUGGACGAUCCACCUGCCCGGAUAAGGGAGGAGGAAGAAGAGAUGGGGGCCACAGUGGCCUCGGGCACAGCCAAGGGAGCAAGAAGGCGACGGCAGAACAACUCGGCCAAACAGUCAUGGCUGCUGAGGCUGUUUGAGUCCAAACUCUUUGACAUCUCCAUGGCCAUCUCGUACCUGUACAACUCCAAGGAGCCUGGCGUGCAAGCCUACAUCGGCAACCGGCUCUUCUGCUUCCGCAAUGAGGACGUGGACUUCUACCUGCCCCAGCUGCUGAACAUGUACGUGCACAUGGACGAGGACGUGGGCGACGCCAUCAAGCCAUACAUAGUGCACCGCUGCCGCCAGAGCGUCGACUUCUCCCUCCAGUGCGCGCUGCUGCUCGGGGCCUACUCGUCAGACAUGCACAUUUCCACUCAGCGGCACUCGCGGGGGACCAAGCUGCGGAGGCUGAUCCUCUCCGAUGAGCUGAAGCCCGCUCACCGAAAGAGGGAGCUGCCCUCCCUAAGCCCGGCCCCUGACACAGGACUGUCCCCCUCUAAAAGGACUCACCAGCGCUCUAAGUCAGAUGCCACCGCCAGCAUAAGUCUCAGCAGCAGCCUGAAACGGACAGCCAGCAACCCCAAGGUGGAGAGUGAGGACGAGGAGCUCUCAUCCAGCACCGAGAGUAUUGAUAAUUCAUUCAGUUCCCCUGUCAGACUGGCUCCUGAGCGCGAAUUCAUCAAGUCGCUGAUGGCGAUCGGCAAGCGGCUGGCCACGCUCCCCACCAAGGAGCAGAAGACACAGCGGCUCAUCUCGGAGCUCUCCCUGCUCAACCACAAGCUCCCGGCCCGAGUCUGGCUGCCCACGGCCGGCUUCGACCACCACGUGGUCCGCGUGCCCCACACCCAGGCCGUUGUCCUCAACUCCAAGGACAAGGCUCCCUACCUGAUCUACGUGGAAGUCCUUGAAUGUGAAAACUUCGACACCACCAGUGUCCCCGCCCGGAUCCCCGAGAACCGGAUCCGGAGCACACGGUCUGUGGAGAACCUGCCUGAGUGUGGCAUCAGCCAUGAGCAGCGGGCAGGCAGCUUCAGCACUGUGCCCAACUACGACAAUGACGAUGAGGCCUGGUCAGUAGAUGACAUCGGCGAGCUGCAGGUGGAGCUCCCGGAAGUGCACACCAACAGCUGCGACAACAUCUCGCAGUUCUCCGUGGACAGCAUCACCAGUCAGGAGAGCAAGGAGCCCGUGUUCAUUGCCGCCGGCGACAUCCGACGGCGCCUUUCGGAGCAGCUGGCUCACACCCCCACCGCCUUCAAACGAGACCCUGAAGACCCUUCUGCAGUUGCUCUCAAAGAGCCCUGGCAGGAGAAAGUGCGGCGGAUCAGAGAGGGCUCCCCCUAUGGCCAUCUCCCCAACUGGCGGCUCCUGUCAGUCAUUGUCAAGUGUGGGGAUGAUCUUCGGCAGGAGCUGCUGGCCUUCCAGGUGUUGAAGCAACUACAGUCCAUUUGGGAACAGGAGCGAGUGCCCCUGUGGAUCAAGCCAUACAAGAUUCUCGUGAUUUCGGCUGACAGCGGCAUGAUCGAACCAGUGGUCAACGCCGUGUCCAUCCACCAGGUGAAGAAACAGUCCCAGCUCUCCUUGCUGGAUUACUUCCUGCAGGAGCAUGGCAGCUACACCACUGAGGCCUUCCUCAGUGCCCAGCGCAAUUUUGUGCAGAGCUGUGCCGGCUACUGCUUGGUCUGCUACCUGCUGCAGGUCAAGGACAGACACAAUGGGAACAUCCUUCUGGACGCGGAAGGCCACAUCAUCCACAUCGACUUCGGCUUCAUCCUGUCCAGCUCACCCCGAAACCUGGGCUUUGAGACCUCCGCCUUCAAGCUGACCACAGAGUUUGUGGAUGUCAUGGGUGGCCUGGAUGGCGACAUGUUCAACUACUACAAGAUGCUGAUGCUGCAGGGGCUGAUCGCGGCUCGGAAACACAUGGACAAGGUGGUGCAGAUCGUGGAGAUCAUGCAGCAAGGUUCUCAGCUUCCUUGCUUCCACGGCUCCAGCACCAUCCGCAACCUCAAAGAGCGGUUCCACAUGAGCAUGACCGAGGAGCAGCUGCAGCUGCUGGUGGAGCAGAUGGUGGAUGGCAGCAUGCGCUCCAUCACCACCAAACUCUACGACGGCUUCCAGUACCUCACCAACGGCAUCAUGUGACUGUCCUCGGGCCCCAGAGCGCUGGGACAUUUGGGGACCCUCCCCGGGAAGGCCCAAACCAGGAAACCCCCCGCCCAGCCAUCCACCCAAGGGAAAUGGAAGGCAAGAAGUACAGAGGAUCAUGUGGUAACUGUCGAGCUUGCCAGGGGUUGGGGGAGCCAGCCGUGGGGUUCAGGGGGCCUCCCUGUCCCCCGUGUCCGUCUUACCACCUGACAGACUCCAGGCUCACCGCCCUCCAGAACACGGGCUACACGUGAGGACGCUGGGCCGGCCUUCUCUCCACGGACCAUCCUUACUAAUCCAUCUGGGUCCCAGGCAGGGGGGAGUGGUUCUUGGUACUUAGGGACUCGAUCCUGUGGUUCACCUUUGGCCAUGCUGCUGCCCGACUGUCCCCUCCCAGGGACUGACUCCUAGUCUGAACUCCCCUUGGUGGUGGACUCGGGCGUAGGGGCCCAUCGCGGGCCAGGAAGGGAGCUGUCACAACCCCUCCAGUAGGCGAGGGUGUUGGCCUCGCCACGGGGGCCUUCCUCGCCCUGACCCCUUCCCCACACCCAGGGAAAUAGCUCUCGAUUUUUUAUUUUUAAUUUUUGGUUGAAAUAAAGUCCUUAGUUAGCCA